UCACCUCACAAGCUCCUUCAACAGAACAGAGCGAUACGUGUUCAUCUUCCCUGUUUUCACUGCACCACCUUCUCUGUUUCCUGUUUUGUUCCUUUCUCAAUCAAAGGCUUCUCGAUCUCCCUUUUUUUUUUUUUUUAGUCUCUUCCCAUAUCGUCUUUGUUCCAGUUGUUAUUCUUGAUUUUCCUGGGUGGGGUUCUUUGGUAUAGACAAAAAAUGUGUGGGAUUCUUGCGCUUCUGGGUUGCUCUGAUGACUCUCAGGCAAAAAGGGUUCGCGUUCUGGAGCUUUCUCGCAGAUUGAAGCACCGAGGUCCGGACUGGAGUGGGCUCUAUCAGCAUGGAGAUUGCUAUUUGGCACAUCAACGCUUAGCUAUCAUUGAUCCUGCUUCUGGCGAUCAGCCUCUUUUUAAUGAAGACAAAACCAUUGCUGUCACGGUAAAUGGAGAGAUUUACAACCAUGAAGAGCUGAGACAGCGCUUGACAAAUCACAAAUUCCGUACUGGCAGCGAUUGCGAUGUUAUUGCCCAUCUGUAUGAGGAGUAUGGAGAAAAUUUUGUGGACAUGUUGGACGGAAUAUUUUCAUUUGUACUGUUGGAUACUCACGAUAAUAGCUUCAUUGCUGCCCGUGAUGCCAUUGGGGUAACCUCACUCUAUAUUGGCUGGGGACUAGAUGGUUCGGUUUGGAUAUCAUCAGAACUUAAAGGAUUGAAUGAUGAUUGUGAACAUUUUGAGACCUUUCCUCCUGGUCACUUGUACUCUAGCAAAUUAGGUGGAUUUAGGAGAUGGUACAACCCUCCAUGGUUCUCUGAGGACAUUCCAUCAACUCCAUAUGACCCACUUGCUCUAAGACAUGCCUUUGAAAAUGCUGUAAUCAAAAGGCUGAUGACUGAUGUUCCCUUUGGAGUUCUGCUCUCUGGGGGCCUUGAUUCAUCUUUGGUUGCUUCUAUCACAGCUCGCUACUUGGCUGGCACAAAGGCAGCCAGACAAUGGGGAGCACAACUCCAUUCUUUCUGUGUUGGCCUAGAGGGUUCACCAGACUUAAAGUCUGCAAAGGAAGUGGCAGACUAUCUGGGCACUGUUCAUCAUGAGUUUCACUUCACUGUUCAGGACGGAAUUGAUGCCAUUGAAGAUGUUAUAUACCACAUUGAGACAUACGAUGUCACAACAAUCAGAGCAAGCACUCCUAUGUUCCUCAUGUCGCGUAAGAUUAAGUCACUAGGGGUGAAGAUGGUCAUUUCUGGUGAAGGGUCUGAUGAGAUUUUUGGUGGUUAUUUGUACUUCCACAAGGCACCAAAUAAGGAAGAGUUCCAUCAGGAAACAUGUCGCAAGAUAAAGGCGCUGCAUCAGUAUGACUGCCUGAGAGCUAACAAAUCAACCUCUGCUUGGGGAUUGGAAGCUCGUGUCCCUUUCUUGGAUAAAGAAUUUAUUAAUGUUGCUAUGGCUAUAGAUCCUGAAUGGAAAAUGAUAAAACCAGACCAAGGACACAUUGAGAAGUGGGUUCUUAGAAGGGCCUUUGAUGAUGAAGAGCGCCCCUAUCUGCCAAAGCACAUCCUAUACAGGCAAAAAGAACAGUUUAGUGAUGGUGUUGGCUAUAGCUGGAUUGAUGGUCUCAAAGCCCAUGCUGCUGAACAUGUGACAAAUAAGAUGAUGCAAAAUGCUGCACACAUCUUUCCUCAUAAUACGCCAACUACAGAAGAAGCCUAUUACUACAGGAUGAUUUUUGAGAGGUUCUUCCCUCAGAACUCGGCCAGAUUGAGUGUACCAGGAGGAGCGAGCGUGGCAUGCAGCACAGCCAAAGCUGUUGAGUGGGAUGCUGCCUGGUCAAACAAUCUUGAUCCUUCUGGAAGGGCCGCAUUGGGAGUCCAUCUCUCGGCCUACGACUUACAGCCACCCACUACCGGUGCUGCCAAUAUGCCGUCGAAGAUUAUUCAUACUUUACAAGGUAUUAAUGAAGUCACCACUGCUCAGGAACUUUCCAUACGAAGCUAACGCUUCCGGCAAGAAAGGACAAUCUAAGAAUAGGGUUUAUGGCAUCAAUGAAACCUUAGAUGCUCUGCCUGCAUAAUAUAUGCUUUGUGAACCAUCCAUCCGUUUUGGGGAGUGUUAUAUGUGUUUACUAGAGGUAGUUACAAUUAACGCGAAUCUUCCCUUUUGUAAUGUGGCAUGGACGCCACUACCCUGUUAAAGAUUCUG